AUAUCUCGUCCAUCCCCUAAACCCUGAGGACAACCAGUUUGAAUCUUCUCGAACUCUCAGCUCCUUUCUCUGAAGUCCAAAGCAGUUUGAGUUUUCCAAGGAAUCGAUACGUGCUUUGGAGGAAUGAUGGCUUGUGCUUCCCAGGCGCUGAUUGCUGCAAAUUCAUGCUCGUUUCCGAACCAUAAAGCCAUUAGAAAGUCUCAGAGGCUCUUCAAUCAAAGUGCUUCCAAUCUAGUUUUCACGGUCAGAGCUUCAUCUGAAGAUUCCGACUGCAAUGUCGACGAAUGUGCUCCAGAUAAAGAAGUGGGUAAAAUAAGUAUGGAAUGGCUAGCUGGGGAGAAAACCAAAGUGGUUGGGACAUACCCACCGAGGAAAAAAGGGUGGACUGGCUAUGUAGAGAAGGACACUGCAGGACAAACAAAUAUAUAUUCCGUCGAACCAGUAGUUUAUGUAGCAGAAAGUGCUAUAAGCUCGGGGACUGCAGGUUCUUCUUCUGAAGGAGCUGAGAACACACUGGCAAUUGCUGGUGGAAUUGCACUAAUUGCGGUUGCUGCGGCUUCAUCUAUAUUGCUUCAAGUUGGUAAGAAACCACCUGAAGUGAAAACCGUUGAGUACACUGGACCCUCACUCAGUUACUAUAUUAACAAGUUCAAUGCACGAGAAAUUGUCCAACCACCUGUACAAAGUGAACCUGAAUCGUCCUCUCAAGUCAAUGGCGUUGCUCCUGAAGUAACAGAGAUACAAAUUCAAUCAGACACUGCUGCUCCUGAAGUAACGGAUGUUCAAGAUGAAUCCCAAACGACAGAGCCAUCCUCUUCAGCUGUAGCGAGUGUCUCGUAGGCUUAUUGAAAUUCAUGUGAAUUUUUUUUAGAGGUUUUACUUCUGUAUUUAUCUGUUAUAUGAAUAUUGGUCCUCAACAAUUACACUACAAAUUGAAGCAUGAUGCUUGCUGAUGUGUUGUACUGCAACCCCUUUUUCUCUUGCUGCAGUUGGGGUAGUAAAGGAAAGAUGAGGCGUGAAUCAGUUAAAUGUAUGUAAACAUAAACUUUAAAUAAACUUCACCUAUCUUGUUUGAGCUGGAAAA